UCACUGUUUUCAGUGACGAUGGCCUGUUUCCGUGGUAACCGUGAGGACUUUUAUGGAGAGGUCCUCCUAUUGGAUGAGAGGAAGAUCACGCUAACGGCUGAGCAAGGCGUAAAGAAAUCGUCGAAGGCGGCGGCCAUCUUGCAGCAGGUGUUCUCUCACCUGAACGUGGUCGAAGUCGAGUUCUUCGGUUUGAGGUUCUGUGACGUCAAACAGCAGACGCACUGGUUGGAUCCUUCAAAAGCUCUUCAACAACACCGAGACCUCCCCGGGCCACCGUAUAUUUUCUACUUUGGUGUGAAGUUUUACGUUGAAGAUCCAAACAAACUGAAAGAGGAAACAACGCGGUAUCAGAUGUACCUGCAGGUGCGUCAGGACGUCCGUCGUGGUCGCCUGCCGUGUCCUCCUCACCUGAGAGCUCGACUCUGUGCUCUGAUGCUGCAGGCGGAGCGAGGAGACUACAGCGAGCAGGACGAGUCAGAGGACAACCAGGAAGUACAACAAAUCUACAAAACUCUGAGCGGUGUCUCUCGUCCUCAGGCCGAGUGUCUCCUCCUGUCUCUCUGCAGCUCUCUGCAGAUGUACGGCGUCUCUUUGUUCGCCGCCUAUGGUGAAAACCACACAGAGUACUUCCUGGGUCCAACUCCAGUGGGCGUGGUCAUCUACAAGAACAAAGAGCUGGUGGGAAAAUAUUUCUGGCAGAGAAUCACCAAACUUCACUAUAAAGACGAGACAUUUGAGCUCAGAGUCAUCGGCAAGAAGCAUUCAGAAACAUCGUUCUUCUUUCAGACGUCGGAUCGAUCCGACUGUAAACGUCUGUGGAGGUGUUGUGUCGAACAUCACGCCUUCUUCAGGAUGUCGGAGUCAAAUCCAUUAACACAAAAACUGAAACACAACAGUGUUACUCGCUCGCCCUCGCUGGCUCUGUGCCGGCUGAACGUCACCAUGCUGAGAAACAAAACGACAGAUCUCUGUAUGAGACCAACAUACCGCACCAAUCAGAGAGUGGGUGUCAGCAGUGAACCAAUAAGGAUGCAGACAGCUCCCUCUGCUGUGCACAGGUCAGAGGGCGGGGCAGAACAGGAUCAUGGGAAGCCCAGUGCACCAUGGAAAAACAGCGGGCCUUCGAGUGGCCUGUUCAACCCAAAGUUUCCUCCAAACACCAAAGAAGGAGAACGAGAAGGAGGAAGACCACAGAAGCGGAGCAGAAGUCUGGAUGGAGAUCGACCAAUCAGACAGCACAGGAGAAGGUCUCGUUCCUAUGGCAACACAAGCAGUGGCAGUGAAUCAGAAAAAAUGGCGAGUAACACCGAACGACGCAGAAGAAGAACAAAGACCCGGCGGAGUCCUGACACCCUUAUAUGGAAACAAAUUCAGAAGCAGCUGGUGGAGCCGGACAGUUUGAUUGACAGACAGACAGAGGAAAUACCUUAUAAGGAAGUCAGAGUGUCGGGGGAGCCAAUCAGAGUGCGUCGUUCUCCCAGGGGGCGGCGACAUCGUCGGUGGGCGUCAGCUUCAGACCUCCACUCAAAGACGGAGCUGCUUCCUCCUCUUCCUGUUACCAAGGCAACCGACACUUCAUGUCAAUUACCCACAAGUCCCUGAGGCAGCUGAGUCACUACCCACAAUUCAACAGUUACACUUUUUAACAUGAAAAUGUUUUUACUGUCAUUUUAAACCAGUUUGUCGGUCUGUGUCCUUCAUGUUUAAUAAAGCAGCGUUUCUAUAAUAUGA